GCUGGAUCGGCGGACUUCUUUGCCUCGACCCAUUUCUUGUUGGCCUCGAAGAUCUUGUCGUGCGACUGCUCGAGGUACUGCGAGAUUUGCUUAUCAGACAUCUUGGAGCACAAGCGAAUUGAAUGGAUCGGGCUAAACUUUGCUAUAGCGGUACGAUUGAUUCUUGGUCUGAGGGCUGCUCUUAAAACAGAAGAUUGAGAAAGGGCCUGUGACCUCAUCAACAAAAGCGAAUUCGCACAACGGGUCUGUGAGAGAUUCGAAUGACAAGGUCUUCGCCUAGAUACGGGAGCAAUGAGAUUAACAGGCAGGGAGAAAUCGGAGAUGCAUGGUUGAGGAGAUCUACCGCUCAUGCAGAAGCUAAAAAAGUGCGCAUGUUGAGAGCUGACUUGGGCUUAGUGCGACCCUUACUUUGAGGGGUGUGCUCAGCACUACGCAGACCAGGCUGAGAAAUUUCUAUUAUCUCCUGCCGUUCUAGAUCCUCGACGUUACCCUCUCGCAGGAAAUUUCUUUUUACGAGACCAAGUUGGUUGAAAUGCAGAAAUUUGAAGAGUCCACUCUGCGGGUCUUGAUCAUAGACCAUUAUGACUCAUACACGAAGAACAUCCUGCAACUUUUCCAGGCGAGGAACGAUCCUUAUUCGCCAAGAUGGGAACCAGUCAUCAUCCGCUACGACGAGUACAGUUGGUACUACUAUCUGCUGUCCUUCACAAUACUUUUAAUUUUGUGAGACUCAUGAGUUAACGUAGGCGCGAAUUCACCACUUCGGUCUUGCCAGAAUUCGAUGCUAUAAUUCUGUCACCGGGACCAGGUAGACCAGAUCGUGAAGCUGACUUCGGCUUUAACAGCCGCUUGAUCAGAGAGGCCGAUGUGCCUAUUCUGGGCAUAUGCCUGGGCCAUCAAGGAAUAGGUGCCUCUCUCGGUGCAAAAAUCGUGCAUGCUCCGAGUAUUAAGCAUGGCCAGGUGUCCCAGAUUCAACAUGAUGGCUCCAGUCUCUUCAAAGGCCUACCACAGACCAUCUCAGGAGUCCAGUAUAACAGCCUUGUUUUGGAUCCGAAUAGUUAGUAUGGCUCAGGUUGAGACAUCAAAUUACUGACGGAUCGAAGCCAUACCAAGCGACCUUGUUGUGUCUGCAUGGACAUCAUGUGAAACAGAUGCUUCAGAAAAAGUGUUGAUGGGCCUUCGGCACUGUGAAAAGCCGAUAUACGGUGUCCAGUGGCAUCCUGAAAGCAUAUGUUCAACGUAUGGCCACGAGAUUAUGGAAAACUUCAGGAGCAUCGUGAUGAAUUUCUGGAAUUUGGAUCCUGACAGGCUAAGAAGGCGGGCUUCAAGGCUAUCUCAAACUCAUGUGCUCCGUGAAAUCGGUUCCGAAACUAUCAUCACGUCGAAAACCAGCCACAGUUCAGAAAAAGAAGCAGAAUACCGAAGCCAAGUUCUUACAACGAAGAACGCCUAUAGCGUUAUGUCUGUCGACCUAGACGGGGAUCUUCUCCCCGAGAUAGUCUUCGACUCCCUGAUCAAGAACUCAUCACAAAAUGGAGAAGCUUGGCUAGACAGCGCCAAAAAUCGGGAUCAGCAUUCUCGCUAUUCUUAUCUGGCAAGUGGCAUUUUCUCGCUGUCAUACUCAACGCGGUCAAAAACCGUGACGCUGUUCCGGGAUGGUGCACCAAAAUCCCCAAUUUCAUUAAAUGUUUCAUUCUGGCAAUGGUUUAACACGUUCCAAGAGGAAAUCCGGUGCAACACCCAAUACAAACCCCACGAGGAGCAAGACCAUCAUAACAAGGCCACUCUCCAGGUCGGCUUCAUCGGCUAUUUUGGCUAUGAGAUGAAGCGUGAGUCAUUGGCCGGUUAUUGUUGGAGUCCCAGCGACUCAAGCGCCAAACAAGCCCAUCCAGAUGCUCAAUUUUUGUUCGCUCAAAAUGUGCUACGCUUCGACCAUCAAGAGAAAAAAUGGAGGCUUUAUGGUCUCGUUCGUCUGGGUGACUCAGAUCCAAUUGCUUCCUACACUAAAUUCGAAUCUCCAAUCGUGCAAAAUAAACAACAGUUGGAUGCCUAUAUCCGAAGCGCGAAAGCUUUGUUCAAUUCGCCGAUAUUUCCGAGGAAGGUUUCAGAAACACUGCCAAAAUUCCUUUCCGCCGAUAGCAUGAACCAUUACAUCAGCUCUAUAUCGCGAGUAAGGUCGGCAAUCAAAGAAGGCGAAUCUUACGAGAUGACACUCACAACCGAAUUUCGGGCACAACUAAAUGGCCAUGACCCGUUUAACCUCUACCGCGGUCUCAGGGAAAGAAAUCCUGCGCCAUAUUCGGCAUUCAUGAAUUUCCCCGCCACAGAAGUCACCAUCUUGUCCUCGUCACCUGAGAGAUUCAUCUCGAUCAGUGGUCAGGGUGCCGUUGAGAUGAAGCCAAUCAAAGGUACAGUUGCGGUCAGUAAGAAUCCUGAGCAAGACGCGCUUCAAAAGCAUCAUCUCGCGACAGAUGUCAAAGAGCUUGCAGAGAACCUCAUGAUCGUCGAUUUGAUCAGGAAUGACUUGCACGGAAUCUCACAUGCAUCUUCUAUCAAGGUUCCUAAACUCAUGCAGGUCGAGAGCUAUGAGACCGUACACCAACUUGUCACGACCAUCCAAUCUCAAGUUAGACCAGGAGUCGGCGCUGUGCAAGCGAUCCAAAGUGUGUUUCCUCCAGGGUCUAUGACCGGUGCACCCAAACUUCGCUCUGUUCAGAUACUGGACACCCUGGAGCAAAAGGAGCGUGGUAUCUACUCCGGCUGCCUAGGAUAUUUCUGCGUAAGUGGAGCAACAGACCAAUCCGUUAUCAUCCGUACCGUAGUCCGAACCGGCAAUGAUCUUAACAUUGGAGCUGGUGGUGCGAUCACAUGGCUUAGCAACGCGCAAAAAGAAUGGGAGGAAGUUUUGAUCAAAGCUCGGGCGGUGGCUGACAUUGAGAUUGUCCAACGAAGGGCUGACAGCCUCGACCCUUUUAUCAGGGAGUGAUCGUGUGAGGCUUCUGUGUUUAGUGUGAUUCAAGACAUCCAGUCGAUGAAAAUCAUGCACGCUCUAGUGAAUUGGAAAGCUUUAGAGCCAUCCAAAACAUGAAUUCUUAUGGGGCGGCUAUUCUACACUCACACAUUUCCAAGAUGGCUGAGAGGUCUCAGAAACAGAACCACAGUGGGAAUAUAUACAUUGACGUCGAAUGGCAUUGAUGAUGCCGCACGUUGGCAUUGGAAAUGAAGCAUCACUCCCCAAAUACGGAGGUUUUUGGCCGAUCUCGAAAUCCCUGAUCACGCCAUUUGUUCACGCAUAAAAAGAGAGCGCAAUGCAAAGUUGGAGGAUGAAAACUCGACAAGCUUUGUUUGCGAAAAAGAUAAAUAUCAAAAUGUACAACAUCAUCAAAAAUAUCCACAUGUAUUCUUGUAUCACGCUCAAGACAUCUUAAAUUCCAACGGUUUCUCUGCGUCGUUAGUCUGAG